AUGAAUCUGACUAGAUAUAAUUAUUUGCAUAAUUUGGCUUUCAUCUAAUAAAGAAUCAAAGAGGCUAAUUAUAUUGCUUUGGAUUUUGAAUUCACAGGUGUGCUUGCUUCAUCUUUACUAAGAAAUUCUCUCCUUGAUUCUUUUCAAAUGAGAUAUUGGAAAGUCAAGGAAAAUGUGAGACGUUUCCUGCCAAUUCAAAUGGGUCUAUGCACUUUUAGAGAGGAUGCCAAUUCUAAUAAUGUUAUUGCCCAUCCAUUUAAUUUUUAUAUCUUUCCCUAUGGCGUUGAUGGUUAUCUGGACAAGCAAUUCCAAUUGAGUAGCAACUCGAUUUCAUUUCUCACCAACAAUAAUUUUGAUUUUAACCGGACUUUCAAUGAGGGAAUUCUGUAUUUAUCACACCAAGAUGAGAAAAUUCUGAGAGACACCAAAAGAAUCCAAGACUUAAGAAAUGAGAUAAGAUAUCUGGAUAAAAUUGUUACAUUCGAAAUGAUUAAUUUCGUAAAACAAUACAAAGUUCAAGUGGAGUAAUUCCUAAAAGUCAGUAACGAUCCUUAGUUUGAAAUACCCAUCAAAAGACUUAAGGUCAAAGUCUAUCGACAUUUCAUCGAGAGUAUUACCAAAGAGUUUGGCAAGAGUUAUGAAUUCUAUUGUAAAUAUGAUUCAGAUAUCCUGAUAAAGAGAGAAAUAUUGUAUAUAGUGAAGGGACCAGAACCACCAGAAACCAAAAAGUAAAAUGUGGAAGAGGCCAAUGAAUUUGCAGGUGUUAGAAUAUUAUUGGAUCAAAUAAGUUAGUAGAAGACUCCCAUUAUUUUGCACAAUGGGUUGAUGGAUAUUAUGCAUAUUUAUGACAAAUUUUUUGAGACUCUCCCGGAUUCAAGAGGUGAAUUCAUAUCGAAGGUGAAUUCAUUAUUUCCAGUGAUUUAUGAUACGAAAUUUCUAAUCAACUAAAGUUAUAGUGUUUACAAUAAGGUGGGAUAGUUUUCUGAACUCAAGAACAGCUACAUUAAUUUAUAAAAUUUGGAACCUAAUGUCGUUUUUGGUGAUGAAUGCCAGGAAUACAAUAAUCUUGAAGAGAAUUAAGCAUUUGAACAUGAGGCUGGAUUUGAUUCAUAUAUGGCUGGAAGUGUUUUUUAUAAAGCCAAAAAAUUGAUGAAUCUUGAUUAAAAGAAAUUAGAUCUCUACUAGAACAAAGUUCCUUAAAGUUCAAUUAAAAUACCCUUUGAUUUUGGUGAUAAGACUGGAGAAGAUAAAUAUCAUAAUAAAUAGAUUUUUAUUUUUCACGUUGAGAUUUUAGAAAAAAGUUUAGUUCCUGAUUCCUUGAUCAAAGGCUAUUUCAAAGAGAAAUAUAAUACAGACAUAGAUCUCUUCUUGUCGUAUGGUUAAAACUUUGAGUACUUUAUGGUUUUUUCGACUCUUGAGGGAUCAUAAGAGUUUAGAAAGACUAUGAAAAAUGGAGUCACAAUAAUUGAAAUCGGAGAUCACGAAUUCAUUAUUACAGAAUACGAAAACUACGUUUAGAAACUUUAGAGAAGGGCUAAAGAUGAGUUGUCAAUUAAAGAAAUGCCCACAAUAUUAGAAUGAUAUAUCAUUAUUUUUUUAUUUAAAAUUAACAAUGUAGGACUGGGAA